AUGUAUGCAUUAUACUGUUAUAAUUUUCCUUUUUCUCUCAGGAAACUUGUGCUCCACCCAAAAGGAAAUAAAUGCCAGGGUGUGACAGAUCACGCAUCUCUCUACUUGGCAAUUGUUGGAGCGGAUUCACUUCCGACUGGUUGGGAAGUAUAUGUUAAUUUCAGAUUGUUUUUGCUUGAUCAGACUAGCAGAGCCACAUACUUGGUUCCACAAGGAUCUAUCUGUGUGAUUGAUAUUUGCUCUCUUUUCGAUGGAUGUAUUGUUGGCGGGACCAGUGUGUUUGGAGCUGAGGUGUUUGAAAUUGAGGUUCUAUACAAAUGGAAAAGCCGAAAGGGUGAUGGAGUGGGCACACAUCUUUCUCUUUAUUUGGUUUUAGCUGAUCCCACACAUCUUCCUCCCGUUUCAAAGGUAAAUGCUGAAUUCGAGUUGAGCUUUUGGAAUCGAAGUUUCUAUAAACAUCGUAACUGGUUCAGUGCCUGCAACCAUGAAGCAGAUUCGGCAAAGUUCAGUUCACUUAAAAAUAUCAGUCAGCCUGGAUGUUUGCGUGAUGAUACUGGAGUUUUUGAAGCCAGAGUUACCGUCCGUGCAGUUGUUAAUGCUCUUUAA